AUGCAUCGCUUUUUUUCAGAGCUGGAGCCAUCUCUAUCCGUCACUGAGCAAAACCUGGCAGACCGAGUUCGGUACAUCCUGCGCUCCAACAUAUUUGGUGACGCCGAACUCGAACGACUACGACGUGAGGCUGUUCCCUCAUCGGAUGGAAAUGCUACGGCUGGGAAUGCGGCACCACUAAUUGCGCAGCAAACUGCAAAUGUGGAUGCUGCCGUCAAUAUUCCAUUUGUGAUUGAUUCAGACGAUGGUGGAAUAGUCCCCCACCAACUAUAG